AUGAAUGUGCAGAGCACGCAUGAAAAGCCGCUACCGGCACCGCCGUCGCCAACUCUCACAAACCCGGACAUGGUGCUGCCAAACACGUUCGUGCUGGAUGUGGUAGACGAGUCGGGGCACGAGACUGAAGUGCCGCCGUCGCCGUCGUACCUGCAGGCGCAAACGACCAAGACGCUGGGGAACAAGAGGAAGUCGCGACCGAGUCUCCGAGCUCCGUCGCAAUCGCCGCUGCACAGCUCUGGUUCCUCGCCAACCCUCAAUGUCGACAAUCAACCAUGGGACGACCGACGACUGAGUUAUGCCGCCAGCAGCAUCCUCACAGACGACCUUGAGCACAUGCAAAUCCCCAGAUUCGAGUCGAGCUUGGACUCGGAUACCGAGACGCUGGACGAGGACGACUUUGACAUUGACACGCCCAGCGAGUUGUCCUACGGCGACCUUCUGAAGACGGAGCAGUCCAAUGUCACCCUCAUGCGCGCCGAGCUCAUUCUCGCCAAUGCAAAGAAGCGCCUCAAUGCCAUGGACCAGAACCUACGAGGAGCCCGCGAGAUUGUCACUCCCCUGACAGCUGCCAACCUCAAGCGCGCCACCUCUCUCACCACCGGUCCCGUACGCAACACCUCCUUCUCGCGCCCUCGCUACCUUCCGCACAACCCUCACACCUCCAAUGCCCAGCACAUGCGUGUGCUCAGCGACUCGGAUGUCCAACAACCUGAAGAGCGCCGCUACAUGUCCUUGAACAUCAACUCGUCUCCCUCAUGGACGAACAACCCUGUCCGCCCGUCUCGCAGCUCCGAGCUAUUGCGCUACCCUCGCAGCCCGCUGAGCCCUGAUCCCCAGCUCGACACAGUCUCCGAAGAGCAGAGCGUACGAAGUCAGACAUCGGCACACAACUUGCGCGAGCAGAUGAUGCAACUGAGAGGCAGAAUCUCCACACUGAAAGAGAGGGCACAAGAGGAGAACAUGAGGAGAAGGAGCACGCAGAACUUGCGAGAGACCUGUCCUUUCAACGAUGCCGAAACCUCUCCCGUCAUCGCAGACUCGCCCAGACCGAGACUCGUCCACAUCACAAAGGCAAGCAACGUUCCAGGUGCUUGGGUGUCUGCCGAGACUAUUGACGACGAUGAUGAUCACGACUUUGUACCAGAGCAAGAGGUGGUAUAUGAGGAAGAUGAAGACGACGACAACUACACACUCCCGCACUCGGACUCAGGCAGCACAGAUCGCACCUCUACGCCGACCACAACAACAACCGACCACUCGAAUUCUACAAGCCUCUACGAGGAUGCGCCUGAAUCGUCUCCAUUUGUGUCCGGCCCCCGUCAUGAAGAUCGCGAUGACGCCUUUGACUACUCCAAGUUCUUCCUUCAUUCUGCGACGGGCAGUUUCGAGCCCAAUACCCCUACCCGCCCCGCCCGCAGCACUUCACUGAGCUCUUCCGACUCCUGCUUGACCGCUCGCGCGUACUCUGUCCACCAAGAUAUACCUACCACGGGUGCCGAAGACAACCAAGAAUCACAACCUCCGCCAACCCCUGAAACGCCAGAAGCACUGCGCCAUAUCGAAGAAGUCACACUCCCCUCCCGUAUGCAGCACCGACGAGGUCUGUCAGCCGAGUCUCUUGCUACGAUUGCUACCUUUGAGACUGCCGACGAAGGCCAUCAAGCCUCCAUCGCUCAAUGGCUUUCCCGCUCCACUUCUGCGGGUUCCAUCCACACCGAUCUGACGAAACCGCCCAGUCGAAGUCGAAGCCAUCCGUCCAUUCAAGCAGCUCUUCCAAGUCCUGCCCUGCCACCCACCUACACUCCAGCCUCUGCACAACAGGGCCAACAAUACAUCUCCAUCUCUCCUUCUGCCACCACUAUGGCUGUUGCCGCUCUACUUGAUCCUGCCAAAGGGCAGAGCUUGGGUAGUAAAGAUGAAGCUCUGGUCUACACUCUGGUCGAGAGCUUGCGAGAGGUGGUCGGAGAAUUGCAGCUUGGUGCUGGAGGUGAAGAGAGGAGAAGGUGGCUGAGGCGACGCCUUGAUGAAGCAAGGAGAGUUCUUGAGGGAGAAGAUCUCGAGAAAUGA